GGCAGCCGUGGAGAGAGAGAGAGAGAGAGAGAGAGAGAGAGAGACACAGAGAUACAAACACACAGAGAGUGCGUGUGUGUGUGAGUGUGUGUGUGCGUAAAGAGGAGAGCGCUCUCGGAGGGAAAAACACGCAAAAAAAAAAAAAAAGAAAACCACGCAAGAAAAACAAAGAGGCAGCGAGGAGAGGAGAAGAAGAGGAAGAAGAGGAGGAAACAAAGUCGAUAGAAACAGACUGAGAGAGAGAAAAGCUCCGGACAAGAGGCUGCUGCGCACCAGAGGAGGGACCGAGCUUUGGGGGACCUUUUAUUGGAGACCAGCGCCGACCAAAACACCACCCACCACCACCCACCAUCCACCAUCCACCCACCUCCACCCCACCCCCCCCGGCUCCGGAGGCGGAAUAUAACGGUGACUCUCCAGAGCUCUCUCUGCCCUCCUGAGGAUUCAGCGAGACAGGCGGGUCUGUGCGUCCGACCAUGGCCUUCCCAUCAACCCCCUCCGCAUUAUGGACUGUCAGCCUAUUGACGGUACUGUUCUCAGCUGCGGUUCACAGCAACAUUAUAUAUGACGACGACCCCCUGCAGCCAGUGACCCAAGAUGAGACGGUGUGUGGGGGGACGGUGACACUGACCUGCAAUGUGCCCGAGAGCGAUAACUCCUCACUGCAAUGGUCCAACACGGCACAGCAGACCCUGUACUUUGGAGAGAAGAGAGCGCUCAGAGAUAACCGCAUCCAGCUGCACCGCUCGACACCCACCGAGCUUUCCAUAACCAUCGCCGACGUGCAGCUGUCGGACGAGGGCGAGUACACCUGCUCCAUCUUCACCAUGCCGGUCCGCACCGCCCGAGCUACAGUCACCGUGCUAGGAGUGCCCGGUAAACCUCAGAUGUUGGGCUCUGAGAACGCUGUGCUGGAGGGGGGCAAAGUCACCCUGACCUGCACCAGUACCGGCAGCAAACCCCCCGCCAGGCUGCGCUGGUUCCGAGGAGAGCAGGAGCUGGAAGGACAUCCAAAUGUGGUGGAGGCAGUUCCAGACGAUCCCACGUACAACGUGAGCAGCGAGCUCACCCUGGAGGUGACCCGCAGUGACGACAACGCUGUCAUCACCUGCGCCGUCGACCAUCCCUCUCUCGCCCCGGGAGACAAGAGGAGCGAGCAAGCUCUGCGGGUUUUGUAUUCCCCUAAACCACAGAUCGUGCCUGGGAGCGAUCUGCCGAGAGGGGAGAGGUUUCAUCUUAAGUGUGAGGGCAACGCCAACCCAGAGCCCACCUCCUUCGUGUGGCAGAAGAAGGAUGGAGAGCUCCCCCCGAUGGCCAAAGUCGACGGUGCUUUCUUGCACUUCGAGAGGCUCAAUAAAUCUGAUAAUGGCGUCUACCUCUGCAACGCCGACAACGGCCUAGGAAUCGACGAGGGGGAGUACAAACUCCUGGUGCAAGAUGCCGCAGACAACAUCACAGACCCCACAGCCAUGUCGACUUCUUCGGGGGUGGACCACGCCGUGAUCGGAGGGGUGGUGGCUGUUAUCGUCUUCAUCCUGCUCUGCCUCCUCAUCGUCCUCGGCAGAUACCUCAUCAGACACAAAGGAACGUAUCUGACCCACGAGGCCAAGGGCUCGGACGACGCCCCCGACGCCGACACGGCCAUCAUCAACGCAGAGGGAGGCCACUCCGGAGCAGAGGACAAGAAGGAGUACUUCAUCUAGAUAGAGGACGGGAGCGAUGGAGGAAAGGAGCGGGAGGAGGAGGAGGAGGAAGAGGAGGGGGAAGAGGAGGAGAAGAAGAAGCUGGAGGAUGUGGAUUAGGGGAGAGGGAAAGGAGUGAGGGUUGGGGGAGAAAAAAGAAACCUCCAUUCGUUUUCACGACGCUUCAGUUCUUCACUCGGUUGGAGGGAUGACGGGAGGGGAGGAACUGUGGGAGGAUAAAGAGAUGAGUUGAGCUUCAGCUGAUACUACCCUCUUUGCAUUGAUACAGGGAAGUGAGAUUUUGCACUGACAUACUGACGGACUGAAGUUACACACACACACACACACACACACACACACACACACACACACACACACACACACACACACACACACACACACACACACACACAUACAUACACGAGUCAGUUUUGGGGGUAAACCCUUCUCACGUGGACUUGAAUGCUCGUAGAUGCUCAGAUUAACAAACACAAGCCUCUUUCUCUACUAACACGACUGAAUUCUUUCUGAAUGACACGUUAACAGACUUUUACACAAGCAUCAUAUCCCACUUCUAACUGUCAGCGCCUCGAAAAAAAAGCAAAAUUGUAACUCACAUUCCGGCAUUCCGGGAGCUGAUACUUCACUCGUCAACACCUCGCAAAAACCCAUUUUCCUCCACAUUUAAACCAAACCAAACUCUGUCUUUUAACAUUUCUGUUUGUCCUCAUUCUUUCCGUCUAACAAGGCAGUUAUCCGUCUGUAAACGUUCUAGUGGCAGAUAAAAUCCAUCCAAAGCGAAUUAUUACUGACAGUCAUAAUCUCCCUCUCUCCUCACAGUUUAAUCUUUUCAUGCCAUCAAACCUCUCCCCGCGUCACCACAAACCCUGGUACACGGCCGUGGAACUUCCCACAAUGCACCACCACCACCACACAACAUGCAACACUCAUGCAAAAACAGCAUUCCCGCCUUGCGUUACCAAGCCAAGGGGCUCCAGUAUACAUAUAUAAAUAUAUAUAUAUAGAAUUAUAUAGCAUUCUUUUUACUUGACAGAAAAAUGUUUGGUGUGCUGUAAAUACACUCUCUCUCUCUUCUCUCCUUCUUCUGUUCCUCUACUCUUUCUCUCUCUCUACAUCUCCCUGUAUCUCAUACAGUCUGUUACUGCAUUACAGUAACGUAUAUACUCUUUAAAAAAAAAAAAAAAAAAAAAAA